AUCAACUCUGGGCCAACAAAAUUUAUAGAAGCCGAAAACCCUGGGUUUUCCCUUAUUCAUUCUCUGAAUAUUGCACGAAACUCUAGUUGUAAUCGUUGUUCAUCUUAGUACACGCCAUCCAUUUAUCUACCAUCAUUAUAUCAUAGGAAAAGAAUUAACGAUUAAAGACGUGCAAGUAGUGAUGGCGUAACAGCAUCUAAAUUUAUGCCACGUAUGCCAAUUCCAGCAAGAGUGAAAUAAUUAUGUACCCGUUGACCACACCAUGCCACGGAUCAACCGACCAACCAGACUUUCAUGCGUAUUAUGAUUGCUCACGACGAAAAACGAAAACAGAUAUGACGUCCUUGAAACCUCCGUCAAACCAAAUGCAGCUCCAUCUCUCAAUCGUACAACUCAAGUUCGCAACAGGCGAAGGAGUAUUUAAAAGAAAGAAAUAACAGACUCUUUCCACCAUGAACUACCGAAGACCAUUCUUUCCCCAAAUAAACCACAUUUCUGGAAGAUUUUUGUUUUAACAUGCAAUGUCCUAAUAGUGCCCUGCAAAAGCAAAAGAAAGCGUAUAAUGAAGGGGUUGGCUCAAACGUGCCGACCAUUAUGAUUCCAUGGUUAGAUCAUCCGGAUUCAAGAGCGGUUAUUAAACCUGCUAGCAAAUCACCACUGUAUUGCAUGUCCAACACGUGAAUAAUUUUCGAGACAUCGAAUGACGGCCAAGGUGGCAUCCUGGACUUGAGACCAUGCAAGAAACGGAUGUGAGGGGGCUGAAAACGCAGCAAGAUAGUAUGCCAGCACCCUGCAAGAUGUAUAAGCCGUGAGUUUGUUAUGUGUCCUAAGAGCUCGCCAGGAGGGAACGAAGGGAUCCUGCGCCAAGAAGUGGUCUAAAUAACGGCCAUGCUUGCAAUAUAUGAACUCCCCGGAUCGCUUUCAAAUGUGCUUGACUGUUCGAGACUAAACUUAGGUUGCGCGCCAUACGUUCUCGGGGCUGUGGUAGAGAAUUGCACAAGAAGCUCCCGCAAUCCAUACUAGGAUAAGAUACUUUGGGAACACGAUGGAACUGCGUGGAACGAGGCGAUAAGUGAAUUUGAUUGAUGCCGAUUAGUCCUUGAUACUACACCUGAAUAGGCCAAGUGCAGUGGAGGAAAUGUCGACAAGUAACAGGUCCAAUGGGCUCGAACAUCCGAAAUCCAAGAAACGGUAGGCCGCAGGGUAUCAAUCCAGGUCCAUAUGAAAGAGAUGCCAAUCCAGAGGAGGUUCCAAAACCGGAUGGUUUGACUAUACCUGUUCUGCAAAGCCAUGUUUUGAGUCAGUGAUGAGAAUCCAUGGUCGGGUUUUGACCAAGAAGGAAUCCAUGAAAUGAAGUAGGUGGGCAUUGUUUGAAGUGGUUUGGAUUAUCCUUUGAAUGGGUGAAGUCGAUGUAUAUACAAACUCCUCUAUCAUGCUGCCUGGACCCAGACCUGAAUGCUCUAAUGAGUAUUGAGAUACUAACCAAAUCAUAACACGUGGUGAAGAAGAAACCAGCCGGUCAGGCUUCCGGAAAUUUGGGUCCAGGGCAGCAGGUACGA